CCUGACUAUAGUAGUGUUCGUGCUUGUGGUAGUGACAAAAAAUUGUGACACCCCAAGAACAAGGAAAACUACUUGUUAUUUACAGAGUUUGAAUCAAAUUUCCAAAAUAUAUUAUGGUUAUUACGGAGAAUAUUAGUAAUGGUAAUAAUUUAUUGGGUCGUAGGAAGGCAAUUGAGGAGCUUGAGAAGGGUCGUGAAUUUGCAAACAAGCUUAGGGUUGUGAUCAGUGGUGGUGAAGGGGGUGUUGAUGGUGAACAACUUGUGGAGAAGGUUCUUAUGUCAUUCACAAACUCACUCUUGAUCUUGAACAAGAACACUGGUUCUAAUAAUUGUGAUGAGGUCUAUGAUGUUCCUUCUUCAUGUGGGAUCAAUCCAACCAAGUCUGAGGAUUCACUUGAGAGUAAUUGCAAGAGCUCCGUUCAUAAAGAACGUAGAGGGUGUUACAAGAGAAGAAGGACUUCACAAGUAUUGGAGAAGGAGUCUGAAGCUCCAAUUGAUGAUGGUCAUCAGUGGAGAAAGUAUGGCCAAAAAGUUAUCCUUAAUACCAAACAUCCAAGGAACUAUUACAGAUGCACUCACAAAUAUGACCAAGGUUGUCUAGCAACAAAACAAGUGCAACAGGUUGAAGAUGAACCAACACUUUACAAGACCACAUACUAUGGAAACCACACUUGUAGGAACAACCUGAACCCUACAAUCAUAUUGGAUGAAUCCAAUGAUUCUCCUUCACAAUCUUCAAUGUUCCUCAGCUUUGAUAAUUCCCUACCAACAACUAAUAAUAAUAAUAAUAAUAAUAAUAAUAAUAAUAAUAAUAAUAAUAAUAAUAAUAAUAAUAAUAAUAAUAAUAAUGUUCCUUCAUGUUCUUCAAAUGAUUACAUGAUAUCUUCGGAGCUUACUUUUGAUAACUACUCAACGCAUCAUCAUGUUAAUGCUUUAUCAUCAACACUUGACUCAGAUGAUGUUAUUUCUUAUGAUCCUUCUCAGCUUGAUGAUGCCAUUGAGCAUUUCUUUGUUACUAAUAUAUAUUGAUGAAUUUUGGAUUUUAGAUAUGUUUUCCUUUGUAAGUUUUGCCCCCUUCUAAUUAUGUAGCUUGAAGUGUUUGAUUUAGAUAGAUAAGUAGCUUGGGGUCCGAUCCAUGUAUCUCUCAUCUGUUAAAUAUGUACUUCUCUUCCAUUUUCAAUGAAAAAAAUUGUUAAUUAUUUUAUGCAA